AUGGAGAACUCCAUAAAAGGAAGAUUUAUGGGUGCGGUCUGCUACGACCUGAGCCGCUGCUGGCAAGUAGUGGAGACUCCCCACUACUCGAAUGUUGUCUACCGCCUGAUGACAUACAAUCUGUUGGCCCCGGAUAUGGUAGUGAAGCACAAGUCGCACUAUGGGGGCUUCGAAGAGCAGCAUCUGAAUUGGGGAAAUCGUCUGAACAAGCUCACGCAAGAGGUGCAAGUCCUCAAUCCGGACAUCCUCUGUCUGCAGGAGGUCCAGUGCAGUCAUCUGCCGCAGAUCAUGCGACGCUUCAAGGCGACCACCAUGCGGAGCUACAAUUACAUAUUCCAGCAAAAGUUGGAGAGUGAAUCCGAUGGUAUAGCCAUCAUCUACGAUAUGAUAAAGCUCGAGCUGAUCGGCCAUCGGGCCUUGGGGCGCCAAGUCCAGGAGCCCAACAAGCGUGAGGACUUCGAUCGCUUUGCCCUCAUGGGAAAGUUCAACCUGACCGGUACUCCCAAGCAGCUGAUCGUGUGCAGUGCCCAUCUACUGCAGGGCAGUCCCCUGGGUACGGAUGGGCGCCCAGACAUUGUGCAACGUCUGCGCAGCGAACUACUCCAAUAUAGCCGUGACCACGAGAACGGCAACUGCAUUCCAAUCAUCCUCGGAGGAGACUUCAACUUUUCGAGCGGCACCAAACCCUUCCGCACCCUGACGACGCCCACCGUCUAUUCAGCCUGUUCCAAGCAGUUGGUGCCCGUCUACACCACUACCACCAAGCAGGUGUCCGCCUACGACUCGAAGCAGGGCUGGAUCGAUGCCGAUCAUAUUUUCUACUCGAAGGGCUGUCCGCGCUACAAUAUACGUCCUUGCAGCUACUACCUGCUGCCACGCAUCUGCUUGGAGCAACUACCCAACCAUUUCCUCGGCUCAGACCACUAUUGUCUUGUUGGGGCCCAGUGUCCGACUAAUUACAAUCCGGCGGACUUCUACGUUCAGGUCCUGGCCGUUGUACCAGGCCGCGAGGCUGAGUCCAGAGAGAGGAUUGCCAAGAUAUGCGAUAACUUUGCCGUCAGCAAAGUGGCCCGGGGAAUGGAGCAGCUGCUGGCCACCAAGAAUCUCGAGCAGCCCCUGGAGCAGCCCGAAAAUGGUUAUACGUACAAGGCCACCUGGUUUAUGCAGUUCCGGGCAGUGCUCUGGCGUUCCUGGCUAUCCGUGCUGAAGGAACCGUUGCUGGUCAAAGUACGACUCAUUCAGACAACGAUGGUGGCCAUCCUGAUUGGCCUGAUCUUUCUGGGCCAGCAGCUUACGCAGGUGGGCGUAAUGAACAUCAAUGGGGCCAUCUUCCUGUUCCUCACCAACAUGACCUUCCAGAAUGUUUUCGCCACUAUCAAUGUUUUCACAUCGGAGCUGCCGGUAUUUAUGAGAGAAGCCCGAAGUCGUCUGUACAGAUGUGACACGUACUUCUUGGGCAAGACCAUAGCAGAGCUGCCGUUGUUCCUCACCGUUCCCUUGGUAUUCACUGCAAUUGCCUAUCCAAUGAUUGGACUCAGGCCGGGUGUGAUGCACUUCUUCAACUGCCUGGCACUGGUGACAUUGGUGGCCAAUGUGUCGACAUCGUUCGGAUAUCUGAUAUCCUGUGCCAGCUCCUCCACCUCGAUGGCCCUGUCGGUGGGCCCACCCGUCAUUAUCCCGUUCCUGCUGUUCGGUGGGUUCUUUUUGAAUUCCGGGUCGGUGCCCGUCUAUCUGAAGUGGCUGUCGUAUCUGUCCUGGUUCCGGUACGCCAACGAGGGGCUGCUCAUCAACCAGUGGGCGGAUGUGGAGGCAGGUGAAAUCAGUUGCACCUCCUCGAACACGACGUGCCCCAGCUCCGGCAAGGUCAUCCUAGAGACCCUAAACUUCUCGGCUGAGGAUUUGCCCCUGGAUUACUUGGGACUGGGCAUCUUAAUUGUUAGCUUUAGGGUAUUGGCUUAUCUGGCACUGAGACUCAGGGCCAGACGCAAGGAGUAG